GACCAGUAUCCAAUCCCAGACGUUCGGGUAAAGGUCGGCACACUUUAUUGGUCUUAACAAUCAAUGCUCGAAGUCUAAACAACAAAUUUCGCGACUUUCAGUCAAUGGUGUACACGAGCGAUUGUGAUGUUGUUGUUGUGAGCGAGUCCUGGCUGACUCCCUCGGUGCUAAAUAAAGAAAUAUUACCGAAUGGCUAUGAUAUAUAUCGCUGUGACAGACAAGAUGGCAAAAGAGGCGGAGGGGUAUUAAUUGCAAUAAAAAAUGAGAUUGAAUCUAAGCGACGCAAAGAGCUAGAAUCGAAUUGUGAAAUUGUGGUGUGUGAAAUACAUAUUUCCAAAGGUAUGAAGCUAAUUAUAUGCGGUUUCUAUAGACCUCCCUCGAGCAAAAAUGAAUAUUUAAUGAAUUUUGGUAAUUCCCUCGAGAAUAUUGUGAGAGACGGUACUCCUGUUAUAUUAUGUGGCGAUUUUAAUUUUCCUGAAAUUGAUUGGGAACUGCAAGUAGCACCUGGGUGUGACAACUUACCCAAUAUUUUCUGCGACAUGAUAAACGAUGCUUUUUUUAGUCAGAUGAAUUAUUCUCCGACAAGGGUUUCUGACUCAACAAGCAACAUUUUGGAUUUAGUUUUUACAAAUCUGCCGGAUCAGCUUUACGGUCUUUCAACAUUCGAUUGUCAACUGAAUACCGAUCAUCUUGGAAUUUCAUUCUUCCUUAAGACAACUGUGAAGCGAACAAAAUUUUCACGUUCUGUGUAUAAUUUUAAAAAGGCUGAUUUCGAUGGGUUAAGAGAAACUCUUGCGCACACACCAUUUGAAAUGCUACUCGACUGUGAUGAUAUCGACCAAUGUUGGGAAAAAUGGAAAGAUGUAUUUCUUACUACCGCUGAAAUGUUUAUCCCAAAAUGUAAGGUUAGAGAUGCAAAGGCACCAAAAUGGAUAGAUGGAGAUGUUAUCAAUCUCUCUAAGUGUAAGAACAGAAUGUGGAAAAAAGCUAAAAAAUCUAACUUAACAAGUGAUUGGGAAAAUUACAGAACUAUUCGUAAACAGCUAAAAACGUUGACUAAAAAGAAAUAUCGUGAACAUCUCGCAACUAUGCAGGAUGAGUUAAAGGAUAAUCCUAGUAAGUUUUGGUCAUUUUACAGAGCCACAACAAAAACAGCCAGGAUACCAAAAAUUGUUCAUCUCAGUGGGGAGAAAGCCUCAACGCCUUCUGCUAAAGCGGACAUGUUCAACAAAUUUUUUGCGUCCGUUUUUCAAAAAUAUGACCAUGGAACAGAGAUAAAUCAUGAUGUGUUUCAUCCUCGAGUUGACGAAUUGCAUAAUUUACAUGUUACUGUUGAAGAUAUCUUGUCUGUAUUGAAGGCCAUUAAUCCUUCAAAAGCUAGUGGACCUGAUCAAAUUCCUGGACGGAUUUUAAAAGAAU